GAGAGAGAGGAGCCCGGAGAAAGGGACAAGGCAGAUCCUGGGAGGCGAGAGGAAGAGAGACUCCUGCAGGAGGGGGAAACCUGGGCGGGGAGAGGACAUUCCCAGUGAAGGGCCUAGAAGGGAGCGCAAGGAUCGGGACUGCUCACAAGCAUCCGACUUGUUGAAGGACGUCGAGCGAGGCCAGAGGCUGUGCCCGGGGCCGGGGGACAAAGCGGCGUUGGGCGCGGAGCGAGAGGGAGCUGGCGCUGGCCCGCCGGGAUGGUGCAAGUGGCGCGGUGAAAAUGCUCUUUGUCCAACUUUUCUGAUGCCGGGAGGCCGGGCGGCACGGCUCUAGCGGGAAGGGCUCCUGCGAACACUGCUCGAGUAAUGCUGGGAAGUGGAGGGGGUGUUGCUGGAGUCCUGCACAAGUAUUUCUCUGUGAAGACCUCUGUGCUUUAAUUUGGGAAGAUAUUAAAACACUCCAAGAAAUCUCAGGCCAUUUCAAGGGAGUGGUGUGUGCUUGUUGAAGAUGGUGGUAUUUACAGAGAAUCUUCAUGGAUUCUAAUGCUGGCAUCAGUGCAAGAAGAGUGUCGGGAAUGGGUUGGCUCUGGAUGGUCUUCUUGUUUCAUCUAGUCACCUCAUUAGAAGAAAUACUUCUGGAUACAACUCAAGAGACCUCAGAGAUUGGCUGGACUGCACACCCUUCUGAUGGGUGGGAUGAGGUAAGUGUCCUGGAUGACAAGAAGCGCCUGAUCCGAACCUUCCAAGUGUGCAACGUGGCUGAGCCAGGUCAGAACAACUGGCUGCGCACGCACUUCAUCGAGCGGCGCGGAGCCCACCGGGCGCACGUCCGCCUCCGUUUCUCAGUGAGGGACUGUGCCAGCAUGCGCACCGUGGCCUCGUCCUGCAAGGAGACUUUCACACUCUACUACCACCAGUCGGAGGCUGACACAGCCUCUCAGGACAUGCCAGAGUGGCGUGAAGGCCCCUGGACCAAAGUGGAUACUAUUGCAGCUGAUGAAAGCUUUUCCCAGGUGGACAGCACUGGGAAGGUGGUCAAGAUGAAUGUUAAAGUGCGUAGCUUUGGGCCACUCACCAAGCACGGCUUCUACCUGGCCUUCCAGGAUUCGGGAGCCUGCAUGUCCUUGGUGGCAGUCCAAGUCUUUUUCUACAAGUGCCCAGCUGUGGUGAAAGGAUUUGCUUCCUUUCCUGAAACGUUUGCUGGCGGGGAGAGGACCUCACUGGUGGAGUCUCCGGGGACGUGCGUACCCAACGCAGAGGAGACGAGCACGACGGGGUCCUCGAGUGUUCGGCUGCACUGCAAUGGAGAAGGGGAGUGGAUGGUGGCCAUUGGACGGUGUACCUGCAAGGCUGGCUACCAGCCUGUGGAUGAGGAACGAGCCUGCCAAGCCUGUGCCCCUGGUUUCUUUAAAGUAUCUGUGGGAGAUGACCCCUGCCAUCCGUGCCCUGCCCACAGCCACGCUCCACUGCCGGGUUCCCGGGAAUGUGUGUGUCAGAACCGGUACUAUCGGUCUGCUUCAGACAAUUCUGAUGCUCCCUGCACUGGCAUCCCCUCUGCUCCUCGUGACCUCAGCUAUGAGAUCGUUGGCUCCAACGUGCUGCUGACCUGGCGCCUCCCCAAGGACCUGGGCGGCCGCAAGGAUGUUUUCUUCAACGUGGUGUGCAAGGUGUGCCCGGCGGGCGCGGCGGGGCCGUGCGUGCGCUGCGGGGACAGCGUGCACUUCGAGCCGCGCCAGGUGGGGCUGACCGAGAGCCGCGUGCAGGUCUCCAACCUGCUGGCCCGGGUGCACUACACCUUCGAGAUACAGGCCGUCAACUUGGUGACUGAGCUGAGUUCAGAGGCGCCCCACUUCGCCACCAUCAACGUUAGCACCAGCCAGUCAGUCCCCUCUGCUGUGCCUAUGAUGCAUCAGGUGAGUCGUACUACCAACAGCAUCACUCUGUCGUGGCCUCAGCCGGACCAGCCCAAUGGGGUCAUCCUGGAUUACCAGCUGCGCUACUUUGACAAGGCAGAAGAUGAGGAUAAUUCGUUGACCUUAACUAGUGAGACCAACAUGGCCACGAUAUCAAGCCUGAGCCCAGGGAAGAUCUACGCCUUCCAAGUGCGCGCCAGGACCGCAGUCGGCUACGGCCCUUACAGUGGGAAGAUGUAUUUCCAGACUUCAACGGGAGGGGAGCGCUCGGAGAUGGUGCAGGACCGGCUGCCGCUGAUCGUGGGCUCCGCGCUCGGGGGUCUGGCCUUCUUGGUAAUUGCUGCCAUUGCCAUCCUUGCCAUCAUCUUCAAGAGUAAAAGGCGAGAGACUCCAUACACAGACCGCCUGCAGCAGUAUAUCGGUGCACGAGGACUUGGAGUGAAGUAUUACAUUGAUCCUUCAACCUAUGAAGAUCCCAAUGAGGCCAUUCGAGAAUUUGCCAAGGAGAUUGAUGUGUCCCUCAUCAAGAUUGAGGAGGUCAUUGGAUCAGGAGAGUUUGGAGAGGUGUGCUUUGGGCGUCUGAAACACCCAGGGAAGCGUGAAUACAUGGUAGCCAUUAAGACCUUGAAGUCAGGUUACACAGAGGAGCAGCGGCGGGAGUUCCUGAGCGAGGCCAGCAUCAUGGGGCAAUUUGAGCAUCCCAAUGUCAUCCACCUGGAGGGAGUGGUCACCAAGAGCCGACCAGUCAUGAUUGUCACUGAGUUCAUGGAGAACGGAUCGCUGGAUUCCUUCCUCAGGCAGAAGGAGGGGCAGUUCAGCGUGCUGCAGCUGGUGGGAAUGCUGCGGGGGAUCGCAGCCGGCAUGCGCUACCUGUCCGACAUGAACUACGUGCAUCGCGACCUGGCAGCACGAAACAUCCUGGUCAACAGUAACCUGGUGUGCAAGGUGUCAGACUUCGGCUUGUCCCGCUUCCUGGAGGAUGAUGCUUCCAAUCCCACCUACACUGGGGGUCUGGGCUGCAAAAUCCCCAUCCGCUGGACUGCCCCUGAAGCCAUCCAGUACCGCAAGUUCACCUCCUCCAGCGAUGUCUGGAGCUAUGGCAUUGUCAUGUGGGAGGUGAUGUCCUACGGUGAGAGGCCUUACUGGGACAUGUCCAAUCAGGAUGUAAUUAAUGCCAUUGACCAGGACUAUCGCCUGCCACCACCCCCAGACUGCCCUACUGUUUUGCACCUGCUGAUGCUCGACUGCUGGCAGAAGGAACGGGUCCAGAGACCCAAAUUUGAGCAAAUAGUCAGUGCCCUGGAUAAAAUGAUUCGCAAGCCAUCAGCCCUCAAAGCCAUUGGCACUGGGACCAGCAGACCAUCUCAGCCUCUCCUGAGCAACUGUCCUCCAGAUUUCCCUUCCCUCAGCAAUGCCCACGAGUGGUUGGAUGCUAUCAAGAUGGGCCGCUACAAGGAGAACUUCGACCAGGCCGGUCUGGCUACGUUCGAUGUCAUAUCGCGCAUGACUCUCGAAGAUAUCCAGCGUAUUGGAAUCACCCUCGUUGGUCACCAGAAGAAGAUUCUUAACAGCAUCCAGCUCAUGCGAGUCCAUUUGAAUCAACUUGAACCAGUUGAAGUGUGAUGUUUACAUCAUCCUCAUUCCACUAGUCUCAAACUCUGGAAAGGUUCUGGGGGAGUUCAGAGGGAUUUUCAAUGUAAGAAAAAGGUGUCAGUAUACUACUUGAAGACUUAAUGCACCCAGAGAGUGCACACUACAUGUCCUGUUCCAUGAACAAAGCAACGCCUUGCCGUGAUUUGAAAGCAGAACUAAGUGACUGGUGACAAUUACAUGUGGCUGAUGUCAUACACUGGGAAUGGGUUUGGGGAGGGAAGGUUACAAUAACAUGGGGUGGAGAUGGAAUAAUGGCUUGGACAGAUCACAAGCACCUGUUGCCUAUUGUCUGCCAGCAAAAGGUAUCUGACAACUUUACAAAGUCAUCAGCAGGCUUUAUUUAUGGCUGAGAGCCCAGCAAAGCUGCAAAGACAUAAUAAAGGCAACAAAAAAUUA